ACUCCAUUGCUUUAAAAAUGAACGGUCACCAUAAACUUUCUACAAUCAAUGGGUUUAAACAUUCAAUCUGAUAUGUAUUUUGAUCAUUCCCCAUUCAACCAAAUUAGCCCAAUCAAAUAAACGGCUAACUAGUCCCCCCACUGGAAAAGGCUCAAAUCCAACGGCUAGCAAUCCCAUCCUUCCAUCUUAGGCUGUUGCUCUUUCACAUUGUGAGCUUGGCUUCCUGCCUGUAACAACAGCAAUCCCAUCCUUCCAACAAUGGCUGCUGCUCUUUCUCAUCUUCUCAUCUUCUUCCCUCUGCUUCUUCCACUCUCUACCACCGCCCAAACUAGCCGCAAUGUAAGUUUGGGAUCGUCUCUCUCUGCAGGCGGUGUAAACUCUUCAUGGGUCUCACCCUCCGGCCACUUCGCUUUCGGAUUCUAUCGUCUCGCCAACAGAAAUCUCUUUUUGCUAGCAAUCUGUUUCGACAAAAUACCCGAAAAGACCAUGGUCUGGUUCGCUAACAGAGAUAAUCCAGUGCAACAAGGAUCGACGGUCCAGCUCACAGAAGAUGGACGGCUCGUGCUCAAGGACCAUCAAGGCCAGCUGAUAUGGGAACCCAAAUCCAUAAAUGGUAGUGUCUCUUAUGCUGCCAUGCUCGACACUGGCAAUUUCAUUCUAUCAAGCAACGAUUCUGUCGUUAGAUGGGGAAGCUUCGACGAGCCGACUGACACCAUCUUGCCGACACAGGUGUUGAAUUUCGGUGGCAAGCUUUCGAGCCGUCUGACAGAGACCAACUACUCAAUCGGAAUGUUCGAGCUCCGUUUUCUGCCCGAUGGUAAUCUCGUUCUCAAUCGCUUGUCUCUCCCAACUGGAAAUGCCUACGAAGCUUAUUAUGUGAGUGGCACAUAUCAUUCGGGUAAUCAGGUGAUCUUCAAUCAGUCAGGUUAUAUUUACAUCACAAGAAGUAAUGAAAGCGUACUCAAUCUCACGCCGUCAAGCCCUGUUUUAACGGAAGACCACUACCAUAGGGCGACGCUUGACAUAGAUGGAACUUUCAGGCAGUAUAAAUACCCAAAGGCUGGCGCAAGCGAUGGUAGUGGGGACGAGGGAUGGUCUGUCGUGAAGUCCACUCCCGAUAACAUCUGUACGGUUGUCGAAAACAAAGAAGGAGGCAGCGGUGCUUGUGGAUUUAACAGCUAUUGCAGCCUCAAUGAUGGAUGGGCCGUUUGCGACUGUCCACCUGGGUUUUCCUUUAUCGAUGAGAGUAACAAAUUCAAAGGUUGCAAGCCAGAUGAUGUUGUACAAGCUUGCAAGCUUGAUCCGUCGAUGCAGAAGGCUCUGUUUGAUCUGAAGGAGAUGAAGGAUGUGAAUUUUCCUUGGAAUGACUAUGAAAAGAUGACACCCAUUACGGAAGAUAAAUGUAAAGAGGCUUGUUUGGAUGAUUGUCGCUGUAUGGUUGCCAUCUUCAGCUCCAGCACCUGUUGGAAGAAGAAGCUUCCUCUCUCAAAUGGGGUGACGAGUACUAUAACCGUCGGAAAAGCUAUCAUUAAAGUAUUGAAGGCGAAUUAUUCACAGCUACUACUUCCUCCGGAUUCGAAGGAGAAAGAUCAAGCGACGACGGUCUUUGUUGGAUCAAUGCUUCUAGGCAGCUCCAUGUUUCUCAACGUUGCAUUCCCACUAGCAAUCUCUCUGUUUGUUUCAUAUAAAUACCAUAAGAGAUCACUGAAAGUUCAACGCAAUCCAAAUAUGCUGCGAUCAAAUUUGCGGUCUUUUACUUACAGAGAGUUGGAAGAAGCGACAGAUGGGUUCAACGAAGAAUUGGGUAGGGGUACUUUUGGCACUGUUUAUAAAGGAACUAUGCAAUUAGAUUCCAUGGCUACUUCCGUUGCAGUCAAGAAGCUCGAGAGAGUUAUAGAAGAGGGCGAGAAGGAAUUGAAGACGGAAGUGGGAGCGAUCGGCCGGACCCAUCAUAAGAAUCUAGUCCAAUUGCUUGGAUUCUGCAACGAGGGGGCCCACCGUCUUCUGGUGUAUGAGUUCAUGAGCAAUGGAUCCUUGGCAAGCUUGCUCUUUGGGACAUCAAAACCCACCUGGAAUCAACGGUUGAAGAUGGUGUUCGGGAUUGCUAGAGGGCUCAGGUACUUGCAUGAAGAAUGCAGCUCCCAGAUCAUACAUUGCGAUAUAAAGCCUCAAAACAUACUUCUAGAUGAUAAUCUAAUGGCCAAGAUUUCUGAUUUUGGAUUGGCAAAGCUAUUGAGGACAGACCAGACCCGAACAAGCACAGGCUUCCGAGGCACCAGAGGCUAUGUUGCACCGGAAUGGUACAAGAACAUGCCGAUCACGUCCAAGGUCGAUGUGUAUAGCUUCGGUGUAAUGCUUUUGGAGAUUGUUUGUUGCAAGAAGAACGUGGAAUCAGUUGUGGGGAAUGAGGAGAAGGCGGUCUUGACGGAUUGGGCCUAUGGAUGCUAUCGAAGGGGGAGAUUGGACAUGUUAGUGAUGGACGACCAAGAUGCAAUGGAGGACAUGAAGAGGGUGGAGAGGCUGGUGAAAUUAGGGAUUUGGUGCAUACAAGAAGAGCCAUCGCUGAGGCCUUGUAUGAAGAAGGUGACACAGAUACUUGAAGGUGCAGUUGAAGUUUCAGUGCCCCCUCACCCUUCUUCUUUCAUUAGUUCGCUUGGUUGAGUUGAAACCUUUCACUUCCCUCCAGUGCAUACACAGGAUGUUCGGUAUAUGCACGUGUAUGGGUGCGUGUGCACUUUUUUUUUUCUUUUGCGCGGUGUAGGUUGCUAGAACUAGCACCGAAGUUCCAGGCUAUUGCGCAACUAGGGCUAUUUUCAUCAUUUAGAAAUUACAAUUAGCUAAGUUUUUUAUCUUUGUUGUUGUGUUUGGAUUCAUGUAAACUAAAAGGAGGACAGGGAGAGGUUUUAAUCCUUGUGGAAAUGGAAAAUUGUGGAUUUAAAUAGUAAUUCGCU